CUCGAUCUGAAGACGUCGUAUUGUUUAUAUACCCAUCCCAGUUUCCCAUGGUUUCCUCUUUUGGGAAUCCAAAUCAAUUCAACAAGCCCAUGCAGACUUCAUCAUUCAUUCAUUUUUGUUUUGUUUAUGUUACAUCUUUACCCCUCUCUUCGCAACAAAUAUUUUUGCUUCUCCUUGUUGCUCCCUCCUUUCUCCAGGCAAGCUUGCUUCCUUUCGCUUUUGCUCAUCAAGAGCUAUGGCUUUUAUGUAUCGGUGCCCAUCGUGGUAUCAUUCAACGUGCUCAAAUCCCCGUCAAAUUUUGAAUCGUCGCUUCGUGUAUUAUUCUUACAGUUGAUCAGAAGCGUGCCUGCGCGGAGAAGCUGCUUCCGAGGUGGCAGUGGUCCGUGGUAUAAAAUCCACGCCUCGAAGACCCCCCCCCCCGUUCAUUAUUUAUUCAGCUCUUCUGCUGAUAUACCCAGUUCCCGCGAAUCAUUACAACCCACCUCCACCCCAGCCAGCAAGGAACACCGAAGGGCCUUGGAGGUCUGAAAGACCUGCAAGAGCCAUUUUUGCAAUUCAAUGGUUCGGCAUCAUGUGCGG